AUGCAUGAUGGGAAGCACAUCUAUCGCUUCGAACAUCCCACGUUUGGCGUCUCGAAAGUCUUUCUUCCGAACACCGAUCUUACAAACACCAACAGCCGGGAUGGAAUCCUGUUUCUCCCCUCGGCUGAUCAGUUAUUCAUGGAUGGAGGCGACGCCAUGGUCGAUGAAGAACAAGGGCGUGAACAAGGAGAGCCUUCCUCGAGGCAGGCAAGUGAGCUUGGUGAGUUUGACUUCAUCCCUUACAACGCAAGUGGAAGUGUCCCGGCGAUCAUCAAGGCACACGAGCACAUUGGCAUGCUCCAAAGGUGGUGCAAGAAACAGGAUGAGGUGAUCAAGAAGCUCACCGAGACGGUCAAUUUCCUCAAGGAGAAGCUCUCUUGCACAUCACCUAAAGCAACCAAAGCCGCAUCACCAAGUAAAACCGUGGAGCCAACGUUAAGGAGAAGCAAGCGGAAGAGAAAAACCGGCGCAUCACCACCUCCAACGUCUUCAACGGAGCCGAUUGAUCUUGACGAUUGUCCCACACCACCCUACCCUGACAACGAGUAA